AUUUCCCUCUAUUCUCUUGCCUAGACUGGCAGUUUCUCCCAGCUCCUUGCACAGUCAGAUCUCUCCAUGCUGUCUUCAAGCCCUGCCUCCUGUACAUCUCCCAACCCUAGCACAGACAACCCAGACAAGAAGGUCCACUGGGCUUCUGAGAAGAGAAGGAGGGCAUCAUCCACAGACUCAGACUCAAAGACUCACUUGGACAUUUCUAAGUUGCCCAGGUCCCGGAGACCCAGCCGGCUGACGGUGAAGUAUGACCGGGGUCAUCUGCAGCGCUGGCUGGAGAUGGAGCAGUGGAUAGAUGCUCAGAUCCAGGAACUCUUCCAGGGUCAAGAAGAGUCUUCUGAGCCCGAGAUUGAUCUGGAAGCUCUCAUGGACUUGUCAACAGAAGAUCAAAGGACUCAGCUGGAGGCCAUCCUCCAAGACUGCCCAGGCAACAGAGAGCCUUUUAUCUCUGAGCUACUCAGUCAACUCAAGAGACUUCGGAGACUCAGCAGGCCUUCGAAAUAAUCCUGAGGGACCAUCUUCUGAAGCCUCAGCAUUGCCAGGAUUCACACCCCUGACCUGGAUACUGGCUGAAUGGUCUUGGAUGCUGACAAGGGCUGCAGAAGACAAAGAGAGACACUUGAAUAGCCCACACUUGCAUAUGCAGUCUCAGCUGGCUCUCAGUUGGGCUCUCUGGGAGUCAGCUGUAGUUUUGUGUAAUGCUUUCCUUAGCAGCCAAGAUAAACCUUUAGAAGCCCAGAA